UUCACAGUGCUCGUCAGGCAUCCGUGAUAAAAAAUAAAAAUACGUCGUCGCCGAUAUUUUUUGUUUUUCACGGACAUCCGUGACCAGUGUAUUUUUGUUUUAUUUUUGUUAGUUGUUUUUAUGUAAAAUAUUUAUGUCAUGAACGACGAACUUUUGAUUGAGUUGGUGCGGAACAGACAAGUUCUUUAUGAUUUGAAGGACCCGAAGUAUUUAAAUUCCGAUUUGAAGGGAAGAAUAUGGCAGGAAAUUGGCGAAAAAAUGAAGAUUGAUGGUGGAAUAACAUACGAGAUAACGUCAGAAAGUCUUUGAUUAAAAGAAGAACCACAAGUGGACAAGCUGUUAAAAAAGUGAAACCGUACAGAUUUGAAAGCCAGCUAGUUUUUGUUUGAAUACAUGGAAGAACGCGAAACAAAGGGGAACAUUGAAAGGCCUCCUGAUACUGAAUAUGCAGAUCUUGAUAAUGAUGAUGAAGGACAAGAAUCUCUGCAAACAACUGAUAUCCCUAAUUCUCCAGAAGUAUCCAAGCAACCAGUCAGCCAAUCAUUCGCCCAACAUAAUCCUACUUCUAACAACGAUACACUUUCUCCAGAAAUAUCCAAGCAACCAGUCAGCCAAUCAUUCACCCAACAUAAUCUUUCUUCUAGGAACGAUACACCUUCUUCCUCUGCUGUAACGUUUGCUAAGUCUAGUAGGAAAAAAAUAUUCAACCUGAGACAGCAGCAUCUACACUCAUGAAGUAUUUAAUUGAAAAAAAGGAAGAAGAGACAAAAUCAAGCAAAAGUGGACUACCCACCGUAACUUUGGACAACCCUAUCGACUGUUUCCUUUUUGGGAUAUCACAUACUUUAAAAUCACUACCUCCAUACUUGCAGAAUAUAGCAAAGACCGAGAUUUUUUUUACGGUGCAAAAGUUGGAGCUGCAAACGAUGCAAAAUUACACUUCUCGACAUCCAAAUCAGCUGGAAACUAUUGACGAAACUUCCUCUUCCCAAGAUACAGCAAAAGAAU